AUGACGAUGACAAUAGGACCGAAGAGGAAGAUGGAAGUAUAUGCCGUCACUAAUGGCUUUUCUCCUGCGCCAGGGGUCUUUUCUUCGUGGGGGCAUGUCCAUCCUCUUGUAACUGGCUUCCCAAAGGCAAAACAUCGAAAGUUUACAACUGUAUUAGAAGCUGAAGCACACAUGAAGGAUCAAAGGCUGGAAGAAUAUAUUAAAAUUAUAGAGGAAGUGCCAGAGGAUAUGGCUGUUAAGCAAGGAGAGAAGGUUUAUUACGCAGUGGCAAAUGGACGCUCGCCGGGGAUACGAGAGUUUUACUCUGGAGAUGGAGGGACUGAACCGAAAGUGAUGAAAUUCUCUGGUGCAUGCCACAAGCGAUUCCCAAGUUUGAUGCAGGCAGAGAAGUUUAUAGCAGAUUGGGUAGAGAUGUAUUCAAGUGUCUGCAAAGAACUCAUUAAGCAGGAGUUUUCUCGAGGUUUUCGCCCCUUAAGCAUAAACGGCCCUCCUAUCAGAUUUAUCAGAGAGCCAGAGAGGAUUAUUGUCAAAGGAAGUGUGGAGUGUAUGCUCAGUGAAAUGAGAAUAUGA